CAAAAACUUGCAGUGAUCACAAUCGCCAUAAUUAUAAUAUUUUUUGUGGUAACAUUGGCUUUGAGAAAUACCAGCAACACUUUCUUUACCGCAAAUCCUCCGCAGCGUAGUGUGGUUUUUUUAGCUUAGAAUCGACAUAAAUCAGAUUCGUUUUCUGUUUAAAACAUGGGUGACGAAAGCUACGUUAAGCAUUUUGAUCGCAAAUUUGUGGCGUCGAACUUGAAGGAACUUUUGACCUGCCCAAAGUGCUACAAUAGUUACACCUAUUCAUGCUUUAAAAAUCCGGCCGAGAGCCACCGUCCCUUUCUGCUGCCAUGUGGGCACAACCUGUGCGAGAGGUGUAUUUGGCACAACCGCCAUGAUCUGAAGUGUAUCGUAUGCCUCGAACCGGCUCCGCCGAUGCUGAAGGCCAAAGAUCCGGCCACCAAGACCGGCGUAAGAGUGCGAGACUUCUACGACUUGAACUACCAUGUCCUAGGGGAGACAUUUAGUCUCUCGCACCCGCGGAAAAAUGUUUCCGGAAGCGCAGCUUAUUCGUCCAUGGACACGGUCAACAAUUCGAUGACCGCUAGUCCAGGUCUCAGCGAGGUCGUCCAGAAAAGGAAAUGCAGCGAGUGCAACUUCAAUACAGCACCCGGGGAGUGCCGGAAAUGCGACGCUUUCUUCUGCAACCACUGCUUCGAAAUGGUGCACAGGCACAGCCGUGUCCUCAAGUCGCACAUGUUCCAGAAGUUCAAAUCGGAUAACAAGACCUAUCGUUGCAACGGGUUCCGUGUCGGCAAUGACUUCUUUCCAGUGCCCAGCGAUAUGAAGUGCAAGAACCACAGCUUGCUGCGGAAUUCGUGGUGCGUGAACUGCAGGAUUAGGGUCUGCGAGGAGUGUCCCUCGCUUCACCACAAAGGACACAAUGUCCACCCCUUGACAGAUCUGAAUCUACGCUACAUUGGUGACAUUCCGGCCGCCUUGACUGCCCUGAACACGGCCCUGAAGUACAUGCAGAAUGGCCAGAAGACUUUGCGCGCCACCAAAAUUGAGCAAAGUCGCUAUGCCUCCGAGGCGAUAGCCAUCAUGUCCAAGCACUUUUGCCACCUGCACGGUCUGCUCCAGGUGGCCGAACUCCAGGUCAUCGAGAAGCUGCGCGAAUCCAGUCUGCCUUCCCAACUGCAGCUCAACGAGGCGAUGGGAAAACUAAGAGGCUAUGAAAGUGUUAUUUUGAAAUUCAAACAAAUCCUGGAGAGCGGCCUUGACACUCCUUGUCGAGUCCCAGGCAAUGUCGAUAUGGAGGAUCUUCUGAAAAUGAUUUACGAGAGCCUUGAGAAAAUUCCCACCACGGUCGAAAUAUCCUUACACAAAGGAUCUCCCUAUCGUAUGGCCCCCAGUUCAAUUGACUUGACCAAUUUAAUAGACUCUUCAAUGAAAUGUCAUUUUGUGGAUCCCAACAUCCGGAUUGUUUUAAAUACUGACUUUCAUCGUCCCCAAUACCUUCCGAUCACCAUGGGCGAGAGAUCCUUUUCCCAGAGCUCUGUCAGCGAGAAGGAGAAUAUUCGCAAAUUUUCUAUGGCAACUUCUCAACGAAACUUGAACCGUGGAUCUCAGCUUUCAAUGACCACGCUAAAUCGUCGGGAGCGAAAUACAAAGGACUAUCAAUCUAGUAUUAGCUCCAUAGUUGACGGCUCCCAGCCGAACGAUCAUUAUAUUGUUAAUACUUUCUCGGCUCUUGAUAUAACCAAUCAAAAUGCGGCUGCAUCUUCAUCCAGAAACGUUGGAGGAAAAAACAACGACGAUUGGCAGAAACCGGGAUCUUUGGUUAAGUUGCUUUUUAUCAAGUCGCCGGAUGAUUUUUACAUUCAGAGUGUUCAUGUCGCCCAGAGAGUUCGCGAUGAACUGGAACAGUAUGCCCAGAGACUCCACUAUAAGAGUUCCACCGCGCCAUCGGUGAUUGAGAUGGGCGAGCGCUAUAUAACAUAUUACCAGGAAAAGGAUUGUUUCUAUCGCGGCAUGGUCAGAAUGAAACUAGAUAAGGACACCUACCAGGUGUACCUUCCCGAUAUGGGUUACUAUAUGGAUGUUCACAACAGCAAUUUUCGUAAUUUGCCAUCGAGUCUGGCCCACAUUCCGUAUGCCGCUGUCCGUUGCAGCCUCAAGGACUUAGCUCCCAUCAGCGAAGGAACAACUUGGGAUUCGCCAGCUAUUGAAUUUCUUAAGUUCGUGGUGCAAAACAAACAAGUGAAAUUGCUCGAAAUUAGACAUCUAUCCGUUGAUCGUUGCGAGGUUGACAUUGUUAUCAAAAACAACAAUACGGAUAUCUCGGUGCGCGAGUCUUUUUUAUAUUCUGGCCUGGCACGCUCCCGCUCCGGAAAGGGAUCGGUCGCUGGCCGUAAUGCUCCGCCAAACCUUCAACUGCCCAAAUUCCGAUUGCAGUACGGGGACAUGUUCAUGAUUCAAAUGCUGCAUGUGGAACAUCCACAGGAAUUUUAUAUAACGCGUCACAACCGAGAGCGCCAGCGAUUCACUCAGAAUAUAAAUCUGCAGGAGUUUAUGACGCGCAUGAACAACAUCAAGCUGGAAAAUAUUUUCUUGGGGAGAGUUCUUCUCGCCUGUGCCGUCCAGUCGAAUGGAAUCUGGAAACGAGCCCGAAUCGAGAAGAUCUUGUCCGAAGGUUACGUGAUUAUUCGCUUGGUGGACGAGGGUACAACCCAGGAAGUGUACUGGGAUCAGCUGUUUGUGCUACCAGAAACCUUCUGGAGUCCCGAGAUGGCCAUAAAGUGCUGCCUAGCAGACGUGGAAACUCGUCCGGAGACGGACUACACGUGGACCCCAGAGGCAAUAAACUACUUUAAACAGCUUACCUCAAAUCCGAAACUAUACGUUGACGUGCUAUUCCAUAGUGUCGACCUGGCCUAUGUGGCCUUGAAUUACUCACGCAAUGUCGCUGGUGAGUCAACCACCAUGAACAUUGGCGUCCAAAUGGUGGCCCAGGGGCACUGCACAUCGAGUGGCGAAAGCAGCAAAGUGAUCAAGCCAUCUAAUCUGGCACGAUCUCAGCGCCUCGAUGUCGACACCCGAAAGUUCAUGGAGCAGCAAAAGGUAAAGGCGGUAGAGCUGUCUCCGUUCGAACGUCCAGAUGAAAAAGAGCGCAAUAGACGCAUUGAGGUUAAUGUUAUCUAUGUCCGUAAGCCGGAUGAGUUCUAUGUGACCUUGCCCCACUUCCAUCCAGCAAUCGAGGACUUUCAAAAGAAGGUACAGGCCGAAGCCGCGGCAAUGUACCGGGAUCAAUUUCCAAGGACCAACUGGCAAAUAGGCGAAAUGUGCUACGUGAGGGUUGUCGCCCAGUCGGAUCAGGACCUACUUUGGCAUCGCGGUCUUAUCACCCAAGUCUAUGCUCCAGAAGGCGAUUCGGAGCUCACACGUUACCAAGUGCAGCUCAGAGAUCUGGGGGAACUGGUCGAGAAUGUUACCAGCACCUGUCUGGCCAAUAUCGACGAAGCCACCAUGCGCAUCUCCAACAGCGCCAAGCGCUGUCAUCUUUUUGGAAUUCGUCCUGCUGGGGAUGGUUGGACUUCUGAUGCCAUUAAAUUCUUUAAGAAAGAAGUUCAGGCCUACGACCGGCUGCAUGUCAUUGGGAAGGGGUACACGGAUAAUUCCUUGAGCGUGAUCCUGUGUGGAUCUCGCACUGUAAUAUCUGGCCCUUUCUCGCCAGCUCGCACGGAGUUUGUGGAUAUUAACAUGAGACUUGUAUUGGAAGGAUUGGCCGAGAAGAGUCAGGAUUACGAUGAAGCAAUGCAGGGCAAUGUCAGUAUUCCUUCUGCCGCCUCAGCCUCGGACACCAGUGAUAUUAGAGCCAUGCAAAAUUUAAUGGAUAAAAUUGACAAAAAAGUUUUAAGCAAGAAUCGGGCUGAGGAGUCACCACGACUCCAUGGAGGUUUCCAGCACAAUGAGGACAUGCCGGCAUUGGAACUCCUACUGGAUCUGGGAACAUCAAAGCGCACGACAGGCCAGAAAGCGCCACCAGCGGCAUGGACAACACCACGUCCUUGCGAGAAAACCAUCUUCACGGGUAUUGCAUCAAAUGUGAGCUACGAGGGUAACAUUUUCUUAAGUCUGGCCACAGAUAAGACGUUUUUAGAGCACAUGCGCGGGUUGUUGGUUAAAGUAUAUUUGCCAAUGAUGGAAAAGCAGCAGGAGAGAUCAACAUCGUUCAGCUACGAGGUGGGACAGCCGGUACUGGUCACCUAUCACAUGGACAAUUUGAUUUAUCGUGGAAUUGUGCAGCGUCUUAAAAACGAUACCGACCAGUACACCGUUUACUACGUGGACUACGGUAACAUGGAACAAGUCACGGCAUUCGAGAUGCUGCCAUAUGCGCCGUUCCCUCAGUUGCAUGCCAUGUGCUGGCAGGUUUCCGUGCACGGCGUAAAGCCAAAGAGAGUGAAGUAUUCCAUAAAAGAAAUGGACACAAUUCACCAGCUGGUUGUAAUGAAACUAAGUAGCAUUCAUGUCAUAGAGCGAAAUGGUGGCGAGACCAACAAAAUACCAUCUUGCGAAAUUAAGGUUAACAAUCAAGACUUGGCUACUUUUAUGAAGCAGUGCGGCAUGGCAGUAGAUGCGAAUCCCCAGAUCCCAAAUCCACAUUCAAUUUCGAUGAAAUCCGCUUUGGAGGAGUUUAAGGUUUUCGAUGAGCUAGAUAAUCUAGCUACUGGCAUAGACUCAAAAAGUGUCAAAAAAGAGACACCGACCCAACGCAAAGAUGAAACUAUUUCGACCAAUCAACCCCCGCCAGCCAAGAGAAAGUACGUGGUGAACAGCAGGGAGGUGGAUCGGUUUGAGAGCGACCAGGAUUUUGAUUGCCAAGAGGCGGCACAAGAGAUGAAUAACAACAUGAACUAUCGCCAUCCCGUGAUGGGUAAUAUCUAUCCCGAAACUGAAACUAUCAAUUCUGAUGAAGAUGACGACUCUGGAUCCUCAAACAAUGAGGACGGUGUGGACGUUGUUGUUGAGGAAGACAUCAGUGAUGCAAGUGAUUCCCAAAUGAAACCAAGUAACCUUCCAUCUGUAGGCAGCGCCACUAAGCAAUUAAAGCGACGUAUCGAGUUCCAUCAAGCGGAUAUGAGUCAACAAGUGGGUUUCUCGCCCCUCGAUACUUCUACUGUACGGUCGUUUUACCAAGCUGGAAGCAGUUUUAAAACGCACCAUUUGCCCACCGGCGUUAAUCAGUUUAUGUGCACCGUGGACAAUAUUCUGUCUCCCACGGAGCUCCAGAUCUCGCCGUGCCUCUCCGAGUUCACCAAGCACGACAUUAGUUUGCUUCAGGAAACAAGCGCUCUGAUCAAUAUGGCAGAGCCUCUGCUCCCCAAGCUAGGCGACUUGUGCCUGGCUAAGUACUCAAAGGACAAAAAGUGGUACCGGGGUACUAUAGAAGAGGUUCAGCCCAGUACUCAUCAUGCCACCGUGUUCUACAUCGAUUUCCACGACACCGAAAGUGUUCCCUACGAUGAUCUCAAAGUGAUGCCAGAACAACUGCGCAUGUUUCCGCUGCGCUCCUUUCGCGUUAAAUUGCACAACAUGAAAUGGAAUAGGAAUUUCAACGAUAAGUCCGUGGUGCAGUCCUUAAAGGCAUGUUUUUGCAAAUAUACGGAGUUAUUUGCCCGGGUUCACUACCCGAAGAACUACCAUGCUAAUAGGAGCGUUCAAUCUGACGAGGGAUAUGAUCUAAUCGAAGUGGAUCUGUUUGAAAGCAACAAACAACAGAAACUUGUAUACCAGGCUCUUAUCAACGACAGGAUGUUCACAAAGAAAAAGUAAACAAAAUUACUUGACAAUUUUUAUAUAUUUUAUAAUCAAAACAAAAAUCAUACUUAUACAAGGAAUUUCUCUGCGAUACACGCACUUUUGUUUCAUCAAAUACUUUUCUAAAAUUACAUAAUAGAAUAUGUAUAAAUUAUUCAUUUCAUUGAUCCCAGUUAUGUUAAUCAUUUAAAUACUUUCAAUUGAAUCGGGCCAUAUUUAACCGUAGAACUUAAAAACUUUUUCGACCACAUUCCAUUCUUUUUCUUCUCUUAAUAUUGAAUGUUCAGAAUACAAAAAUGUUCAGAAUAUAUUUAAAAUUUCAAUAAAAACAACCUGAUUCAAA